CCACCAAUCACCACCAACAAAGGGCCAAGUCAAAGUCUUCUCCUUUCACUUCCCACUACAAACAAACCCCAUUUCUUCCCCACUCAAACCAAACCCCAAAAUGCAUCUUUAAACAUCCAACACUAAGAUCUUUAUAUUUCAUUCCCACACAUACCCACAUGAACAAACACACACAAUUGAAACCUCGGAAAACAACAUGUUCCUAAAAAUCCAGUUUUUGUUCCUCACCCUUUUUCUGGCAGCCACCGUUGUUACCGCCAUAGACCGGGGUUCCACUCUUUCAGCCUCUUCCACCUCCAACCAAACGUGGUCUUCUCCCAGUGGCACCUUCUCUCUGGGAUUCAUCUCCGUUCAGCCUCCCACCACCCCUCCUUCCUACAUCGCCGCCAUCUCCUACACCGGUGGCGACCCUGUUGUCUGGUCCGCCGGACACGGCGCAGCUGUGGACUCCGGUGGGUCCUUACAGUUCCUCUCCUCCGGCAACCUCCGCCUCGUCAACGGCUCCGGCGCCACCGUGUGGGAAUCUGCCACGGCGGGCGCCACUUCAGCAGCCCUUGAGGACAGUGGCAAUUUGGUGAUUUCGAACGGCACAAGCACCGUCUGGUCAAGCUUUGAACACCCCACUGAUACCCUGGUGCAGUCUCAGAAUUUCAGUGUUGGUAAGGUUCUCACUUCUGAAAGCUACUUUUUUAGCCUCAGUGGAAUUGGGAAUUUGACUCUGAAGUGGAACAACAGCAUAGAAUACUGGACUCAGGGUUUGAAUUCUUCCGUGAAUAUUAGUUUGGAGUCCCCUGUGUUGUCUUUGAAUACGAUUGGGCUUUUGGAACUUUCUGAUGUGAACUUGGGUAGUAAUCCUGUUCUUGUUGCCUAUAGUAGUGACUAUGAUUUGAAUGCUAACGUGUUUAGGGUGUUGAAGUUGGACAAUGAUGGGAAUUUGAGGAUUUAUAGUACUAAUCUAGGUGGUGGAACUUCUACUGUUAGAUGGGCUGCUGUUGCAAAUCAAUGUGAGGUUUAUUCUUACUGUGGGAACUAUGGUGUGUGCAGUUACAAUGAUUCCAGCACGGUAUGUGGUUGCCCUUCAGAGAAUUUUGAGAUGGUUGAUCCGAAUAAUGGUAGGAAAGGGUGCAGGAGGAAGGUGAGUCUUGAUAGUUGCCAAGGGAGCGCCACUAUGUUGACCUUGGAUCAUGCUGUGGUGUUGAGUUAUCCCCCUACAUCGGAGACGUUUUUCAUUGGUUUGUCAGCUUGUAGAACGAAUUGUCUUUCGGGUUCAAGUGCCUGUUUUGCUUCUACUUCCUUGUCAGAUGGCUCAGGGCAGUGUGUAUUAAGAUCAAUAGAUUUUGUUAGUGGAUAUCAAGAUCCUUCGUUGCCCAGCACUUCUUAUUUCAAGGUUUGUCCACCCUUGGCACCAAAUCCACCAUCCUCUUCGGCAGGGACUGUGAGGGAAAGGAGGUCCAAGGUGCCUGCAUGGGUUGUGGUUGUGGUUGUUUUGGGUACCCUUUUGGUUUUGCUAGCCUUGGAAGGGGGUUUGUGGAUGUGGUGUUGUAGGAAUAACAAGAGGUUUAGUGGGUUGUCAGCUCAGUAUGCUCUUCUUGAGUAUGCUUCUGGUGCUCCGGUGCAGUUCUCGUACAGGGAGCUCCAGCAAGCUACAAAGGGGUUCAAGGAGAAGCUCGGAGCUGGUGGGUUUGGUGCUGUUUAUAGAGGCACUCUUGUUAACAAAACUGUUGUUGCAGUGAAGCAACUUGAGGGCAUUGAGCAAGGUGAGAAGCAGUUUAGGAUGGAAGUUGCCACUAUAAGUAGCACUCAUCAUCUGAAUUUGGUGAGGCUUAUUGGCUUUUGCUCCGAAGGGCGCCACCGGCUUCUGGUUUAUGAGUUCAUGAAAAAUGGAUCUCUUGAUAAUUUUCUGUUCCUGACAGAACAACAUUCAGGAAAAUUGUUGAAUUGGGAGUACCGAUACAACAUUGCUCUUGGCACAGCAAGGGGCAUCACAUACCUACACGAGGAGUGCCGUGACUGCAUAGUCCACUGUGACAUAAAACCUGAAAACAUUCUCUUGGAUGAGAAUUAUGUUUCCAAAGUCUCUGAUUUUGGCCUUGCAAAGCUUAUCAAUCCCAAGGACCAUAGGCAUCGGACCUUAACAAGUGUGAGAGGAACCAGAGGAUACUUAGCUCCUGAGUGGCUUGCAAAUCUUCCAAUAACAUCCAAAUCUGAUGUUUACAGCUUUGGUAUGGUUUUGUUGGAGAUUGUGAGUGGAAGGAGGAAUUUUGAUGUUUCAGAUGAAACAAACAGGAAGAAGUUCUCCAUCUGGGCCUAUGAAGAGUUUGAGAGAGGUAACAUCAGUGGAAUUUUGGACAAAAGACUAGCUGCACAUGAAGUUGAUAUGGAGCAAGUAAGAAGGGCAAUUCAAGCAAGCUUUUGGUGCAUCCAAGAGCAGCCAUCUCAGAGACCAACAAUGAGCAGAGUGCUGCAAAUGCUAGAAGGAGUAACUGAGGUUGAAAAGCCACCUGCCCCAAAAUCAGUGAUUGAAGGAACUGUAAGUGGAACCAGCACAUAUCUGAGUAGCAAUGCCAGUGCAUUCUCCACUGUUGGAGUUUCACCCCCUGGACCCUCUUCUGCAUCAUCAUUUCAGAUUAGUGGUGUUUCAACCUUCAACUCAGGAAGGACCCCUGAGAAGGCAACCUCAUCUCUUUUACAAUCAGACACAUGACAGAAAAUUGCUUCCAUUUUCCUUUUUCACAUUUCCCACAAGAAUUGGUUCAAAGUCUCAUUCACUUGUGUUGAGGGGACUUUGUGCAGGAGCAGCAGAAGUACAAGCUUUGCUGGUCAAACCCUGUAUAAUAUGAUCUUGAUUGUAUACUAUAUUUCAUUUUUUUCUUUUAUUUAUCCUCAUCAUUGUAUUGUAUGUUCCUUCAAAACAGGAUAUUGCAAAGCUGCAGCAAUUAUUUGUAUUCAUUCCUGAAAAUGUGCUUGUGUCAGCAUAAGCACAAUGGUCUGCAUAAUUCUGGGUCAACAAUGCAACCCAAUAUCUUUGGUGUGCCAAUAAAAGUAGUGAAAUUUUAUGUUCUCA